AUGCGUGGCAACUACGAUGUUUGGUUUCGAGCAAAUACUCCAGAGCAUUACGACAAACUUUUACGGGGUGAGCGACCAUUGGUCGAGCUGACGAUGCGCCAGCUUUGCGUUCGAUCACUUCGAUUAUGCAAGCAGCUUCCAAAUUCGCCAAUCACUUGGUUGUUUCUCGUUCUGCUUGGUUCCAUGGCUGCAGCUUACGCUUUGCUGGUCGAUAAUUGGGUUCGGACACUCUUUCGAUUUCGACGUGUUAUUAUCGAAUCGGUAGGGACGGACUCUUUCGCGGGUUUUCUGUGUUGGUUAGGCUGGUGUACCACACUCGCCAUGCUUGCAAGUUACUGUGGUUAUUUUAUCUCUCCAGCAUCAGACGGCUCUGGGAUUCCUGUGAUGCGUGCAUUGUUCGCAGGAGUUUAUCAAAAUCCGGGGGAUAUGUUAUCGUUUCGAACUCUUGUAGCAAAGUCCCUGAGCACUGUCAUUGUCUCGGGUAGUGGGCUCUCUGUUGGUCGAGCUGGACCAUUUACCCAUCUGAUGGCUAUGAUAGGUUUCCUUAUGAGUAAAUUAGCGUUGUUUCGACGAGUGAACUUUGGCCAAGAAAACUACAACUUUAUUCGAGCUGCUGUCGCAUGUGGAACAACCGCGAACUUUGGUGCUCCAUUGGGUGGCUUGUUGUUCAGCAUUGAAGUUACAGCCAAAUAUUACGAGAUCAAGUGUUUGUGGGAAGGCAUCAUAUGUUCCUCUGUUUGUAUCUUGGUAUUCAACGUGAUUACUUUUCUCAAACGUGAAGUGCUUUUUGAGCGCACCACUUUCCCUGGCUUCGACAUGGAUUACGAAAUUUUUGCCUUUGUGCUACUCGGAGUGGUCACUGGCAUUGGUGCUGGGAUUUUUUGUCGUCUUGCUGUGGUUCUUCGAUGGGCCCAGAUGAAGCUUUUUGCCAAGUUUGGACUGAAUGGACCGUCGUUAAAGCGCCGAACAGUCCACAUCGUCACUAUUUGUUUCGUUUCAACAAUAUUGACUUAUCCUCUGGGUAUCAUGCGUUUAUCUGAUCGAUCGAUUGUGAAUGAGGUUUUUCGCGACCAACAAUUAAGCUUUCCACAAUGGAAACAGAUCUCUGAAUACCCGCAAGUGACACUUUUCGUCUACAUCAUUGUGAAAUUCCUCAUCUCUUUAUUGCCUUGUGGAGCUCCGAUCUCAGUUGGAGUCUUUGGUCCAUUAUUUGCAAUUGGCGCUGCCGUAGGUCGACUAUAUGGAGAAACUCUUAUGAGGUAUUGGAAUCCGACCCAGUCGCCGGCAACGUAUGCGGUAGUGGGGGCCGCUUGCUUUGCAGCUUCAGCUACCCGAACAGUGUCAACCGCAGUUAUUUUCUUUGAGCUCACGUCGCAAUUGAGUCACAUGGUUCCUGUCAUGACGGCGUGCACAGUGGCCUAUUUAGUCUGCGGUGCCAUCUCACCCUCCAUUUAUGACAUUUUGGCCGGAUGGGCGGGUCUACAUUCAGUUUGUUACGACUUGAACGAGCAUGUGCUGAGUCAAAAGGUGGCAGUGGAUUAUAUGAGUCCAGUGUCGGUAUUUUUCACAAGAGAGACAACUUACGAUGAGGCCAUUCAGGCUCUGAACACUCACAAAAAGGAAGAGUACUUCCCGUUGUGCGAUGGCGCUGAUUCACAAAUGCUCAUUGGAUGUAUUCGACGCUAUGAUCUUGAGAUUGCAGUUGCUCGAUUCAUUGCAGCUCAUCGUAAACAGAUGCCUGAUGCCAAAAACCCAUAUGUGUCAUUGAGAAUCCAAAAUUUGGUGUCGAAUAUACUUGACAUUGACAAGAAGAAAAGUGCUAUGGUAGAAGACUAUUCCCUCGUUGACUUUCAGCCAAAAGACGCUACUUCCCUAUCAAAUCCACUGGAAUUAGGUCCACCGUUUCAGGAGUACAUGUUUACUUCGGUUCCCGUUGAGAGUUAUCCACCUCAGGUUUCCGAGGAUGUGAAUCUCUACCGAGUGCACAAAGUCGCAGCGAUGAGCGCAUGGACAAAGGUGUACGUUGUUAGACUCAGCAAGCUGCUGGGUGUGGUCAAUCUUGAGUCGUCCCUGACCGUGCUGCGCACGGAAGACGACCCGGUGCUGCUGGCCCCGUAA